AUGGCCGGAGCCCCCGCGCCGGGCAGCAGGCGGCCCCCGAGCAAGCGGGCGCGGGGCCUCCCCUCGGCAGCAGCCCCGGACCCCGAGGACCCGUUCGGCCUCCACGGGGACUUCACGGCGGACGACCUGGAGGAGCUCGACAUCCUGGCGUCGCAGGCCCUGAGCCAGUGCCCGCCCGCCGCGUCCCGUGUUCAUGGCGCCCCCAGGUCGGACGGGGUGUCCAGAGGCGCCGCGGGGAAGAGCAGGGAGAGCGCUGCAGUUGGAGAGAGUUUUGAAUUGGAGCUGCUUCAGGCUCAGUACAAAGAACUUAGAGAAAAGAUGAAGGCCAUGGAGGAGGAGGUGCUCAUCAAAAGCGGAGAAAUCAGAAUCCUGCGGGACUCCCUGCACCGGGCGGAGUCGGUGCUGGAGGAGCAGAGGAGGUCGCAGCUCCUGCUGGAGCAGGAGAAGGCGCGGGCGCUCGGCGACAGGGAGAGGGAGUUCUCCAGGAAGCUCCAGGCGCUGCAGUCUGAGCUCCAGUUUAAAGACGUGGAGAUGAAUGAGUUAAGGACAAAGCUUCAGUGCAGCGAGCGAGCCCAUAAGCCAGCUGUCCCCUCCACUUCCCACGGCAGUCUUAGGAAAAGCCCUGUGGCUCUGAAGCCGGAAGCGUGUUCUCCACUAUUUGGAAAACCAUCUUUCCCUACAAAGGAGUCUUUCAGCGCCAACACGUCCUUUCCCCAGCCCUGCCACACAGAGCCGGGGUUCAAGUUGCUGGCAGGCCGGGCGGAGAAGCGGACCCACAGUCUGGGAGGUGACCCCAUAAAGCAAGAGGAGUCCCCAAAGAGCCCUGUUGGCAGCCUGAUGCGGAGACCAAACACUCGAGGUUCCAUUUUGAUAAACCUCCUCCUGCAGCAGCCGUUGGUCCCAGGGUCGCCCCUCGGUCUGUGCCACCUCCUGAGCUAUGGUUCUGAGGCUCCCACCAGCACUCUGCUGCAGCCCCUGGGGCUUGGCAGCGCGGGGGCUGCGGUGUCAGGCCUGAGGAGCACGGGCCCUCGCGAUGGGCCCUUCCCCCGCUCGGCCCUCCGGGAAGCACAGAGCCUGGCGCUGACGGGGCUGCACCUGGUCGCCAGGGAAGAGGACUCCUGUGACGGGGCCUUUGCACUCGGCCAGCUUCCCGGCGCCGUGCACCUGCUCCCGCUGGUGCAGCUCUUCGUGGGCGCGCACUGCCAGGCGCUGCAGGACUCGGCAGCCGCCAGGAGGAGCGGCACCCCGGCCGGCUCGCCCGCGCCGUCCUGCCGGGGCUCCGGGGCGGAGGCCGGCGCCGAGGACGCGCCGUGCAGCCUGGAGAGCUGCUGCCUGGCCGCGCUGGGCGUGCUCCGGCACCUGGUGUGCCACAGCGGGGCCGUGGUCCGCCGCCUGCUGUCCGGCGCGGAGGCGGGCUCUGCCGCUGCAGACGGGAGCCAGAGCCCGCGGCCCCCUGGGGAGGCCACCCCGGCCGCCGGGGACCAAGACCGGCACCCCCUGCUGGAGACGCUGCUCCACCUGCUGGCUCUCUCGGCUGCAGCCCCCGGGCACCUCCAGGCCAGCCUCCUGAGCCCAUGCCUCGAGGUGCUGGUGACGUCAGCUGAAAGCGCUCCCCUCGACCUCUUGCCCAGGUUCCAGUGUGUGUUCCCGCUGCUGCCACGGUGCCUCCGUCCCGACGUGGCCCUGCCCGGCGUGCUGCUGGCGGUGAAGCUGCUGGCCCUCCUGGCGGACCACGAGGCGCUGGCCCCUCAGCUCUGCUCCCACUCGGACGGCUGCCUCCUGCUGCUGCUGUACACAUACGUCACCUCCAGGCCUGACCGCGCGGCCACAGACACGCAGUGGCUCCACCUGGAGCAAGAGGCCGUGUGGCUGCUGGCCAAGCUGGGUAUGCAGAGCCCCUCGUCCCCGGUGACCGGCUCCAGCUGCCAGUGCCACGUGGAGGUGGUCCGGGUGCUCAUCGUGGUGCUGCACAGACAGUGGCUGACGGUGCGCCGGGCCGGCCGGGCCUCCUGGACGGUGCCACAGAGGCGCACGGUGCGCUGCCUGCGGGACGCGGUGCUGCUGCUGCACAGCCUGUCCCAGAGGGACAAGCUGUUCGCCGUGCACUGCGUGGGCGUCCUGCACCAGUUCGACCAGGCCCUGCCCGGCGUCAGCGCGCUGCUCCGCGGCCUCCCGGACCUCACCGGCUGCGAGGAGGCUGCCCUGGACGACCUCUGCGCGGCGGAUCCUGACGCCGAUGACCCCGACAUGGACUGCGGCUGA